AUGGCAUCAACCGAUCCUUAUUCAAGUCAUUCCUAUGGAGCUAAUUCUAACGCAUUCGGAAGAGAGAUGGAUGGAUCAUCAUAUACAUCAUCACUCUCGGCUUCUAAACCGAAGACUGUUCAGAAACUCCCUUGGGAAGAACCACAACAGAAACCCGGAAGUAACAAGUUAAAUUCAUAUCGAGUCAGCAACUCGGUCCAUUCGGGAAGUGUAGCACCAUCAGGCAUUAAUACAAACGUAAAGCCAUCUCGAAUUAAUAGCGGAUCAAGCGUUCCCAUGUUCGUUGAUGACAAUGAGAAUGAUACAACUCCUCGUUCUACAAAUUCAAAUUAUUACGAAGAAAUUUCAUCAUCUACAAAACAGUCGCUCUCUUCAAUGUAUUUAGCGAGUAAGAAGGGUUCAUCCUACACCACAGUCAAUUCCAUGGAGGAAGAAUCUUCAAUGGAUGCAAAUCUCAAGAAAGCGGAAGAAGUACACCGUGCAAGAAAACAAUCAGCUCCACCAACCUCAAAACCAUCGUCAAAACCACCCUCCAGAAGUUCCUCUAGGCAAUCCACAAGGAGUGAAAACGAAGACGAAUAUUCUACCGAGAACGUGAGAGGAUCAGUUCAACGGUAUGAUAGCGCAAUUAAGGCUGUAGUUAACGGAGCAGCUUCGCCUGGUAAACCAAGAUUGAGUGCCAACAGAACAAAACAACCUAUUUCUGGAAACUCUAGCUCGACCAUUCAAACUCCAAAAGAUCCGUCUCCAAGUGUAACAACAGCUAAUGCUUUUUCGAAGCCUAAAAACGUUAAGGAAGCUGCACUUCCUGAGACUAGACCAGUUGUUGGAUCUAAAAAAUCUUCUCACACAUGGAUUCAGACAAGUGUGACGCCAUUAGAUCUUUAUUACAAACCUUUGGAAUUAGAAAGUAUUUUCGUUCAACCAGAAGAAAAGCCGUCACGCCCCAAAUUUAAAUUCAUUGCCAGAAAAUCAGGAACUACGGCAAUUGUUCAGUCAACAACAAGAGGAAAAGCAGCAGUUGUCGCUCAAUCUAGAGAUUCAUCUGUUCCAUCACAACCAAAGUCAGCGACCAAGCAAGUUCAACCUGUACAAAAAACUCAGCCACCCCAGCCUCAAAAACCAGUUCCAAAAAGAGCACCACCUCCGGUAUAUGAUGACGAAGAAGAAGAGGAUGAAGAGGAGGACGAUUCCUAUGAGGAAGAAGAAGACGAAGAGGAAGAAGAACCUCCGGUAAAGCAACCUCCUAAGAAACAAGUCACCUCCAAGCCAAGUGCCAACAGUGCUUUGUCCUCCACCAAAAAACAACAAGAACCUCCUUCCAAACCAACAAAACCAACCUCAAAACCUGUAAAAAAGCCAAUUCCUUCGAAGGAAGAAGAUGAGGAGGAAGAAGAGGACGAAGAGAAACCCAGUGGUGACGUUGAUAAUAUGCAAAUUAAAAUUGUUGGAAAUAAGGACAGCAAAUCCCUGUUUGAACAAAUGUUGGAAGCCGAAAUGAGAAGAGGAGAAGCAGUUGCACAAGAACAAGAAACAGAGCGAAAGUGUCCACACUGUAAAGAUGACAUUCCUGUCAAAAUGUUUGCCAAGCACAAAAGGCAGUGCAAGGAAAAGCAUGAGAAAAAACGAAAAGUAUUUAAAGUUGAUAUUUUGGAUGAAGAUCUUGCAAAGGAAGCAGCCAAAGUUAAAUCAUCAGCUCCAGUUAAAACCAAGCCAAAUAAUUGGAGAAGAAAACAUGAAGAAUUUCAACGAAACGUAAUUAGAGCAGGAAAAGAUGACAAGAACGGAUCGUAUGAUGAUUAUGAACCAGAACCAGUGAUUGACGACCGAGUGCAGUGUGAAUACUGUGGACGAAAAUUCCAAGAAGAAGUCCACGAACGGCAUGUGAAAUCAUGCGCAGAACGAACACUAAAAUCCAAGUUGAAAGAGAGAGCAAACAGUGGAAAAUCCACCGUCCCGUCGAAUGUUGGCAGCGGGUCUUCAUCAGCCACAGGAAUUGCAAGAAAAAAUUCUGUUUCGAGUACAGCUUCAGCUAGUUCAAGGCAGUCGUCAGGUUUGUCGUCGACACGUUCCAAACAAACACCGACGAAUUCUGGGCGAAAAUACUGA